AGUAAAUCGGUAGUUUUUUAUCAACAAAAGUUUAAAUAAUGAAAUAUCAACACUUUCUUUAUCUUUUGUUUGAGUGCUAAUCCAACUCAAUAUGAAUGUCUCAAACUGCAAAAAUAAAAAUUACUCAAAUUUCAAAAUAAAAAAAAGCGAUUGCUUGAAAUACCAUAUUUUUUCCCGCUUCACGGACAUUCCACUUGAAGAAUGGACGAACGUACAAAGUCUUGUUAAAGCUGAUAAAAGUUCAACAACUGCAAUAGCAUCAAUACAGAGGUAUAUCAACGGUCUUGAGAAAAUCUCAACACAAAUGGUCAAGCAUCCUUACGUACAAGACUUUGCAAGUAAAGCCAAAAAAUACCUGAAAAUGAAAAGCACACAAGACAUAUACCAAGAAGAAUUUAACAAGAAAAAAGAAACAAAAGAACGCCAAGUCUUAAAAAGAAAACUUAACCAUCAAACACAACUUGUAUUUGAAGCAGAAACAUUGUUAAAGGGUGUUAAGAGACUGAAGAACUUGAAUAAACAAAUUACUGUUGAGAAACAAGAAUCUUCCUCUUCUAAAAAUAUACAGUGCUCAAUUGACAACAAUACUUCACCAUCUUCUAAACUGGAUAAAAACACGAAAAGCUUAAAAGAAACUCUCUAUGCCUGCGGUGAAGAAAUCCAUGAGAAAUACAAACAAGGAAAAUCAUUAACCGGCGAUGAACUCAAGGCUAUGAAAUGUGGUCUAUCAUGCGUACUUGAUCUUUCAGAAACCAAAGAAAAUAUUACUAGGUGUUUAUUCGAACCUGAAGUUUGGUCAAGAAUUGUCAAUAAUAACAAGAAGUUUAUUAUGAAGGUCCCUAAACUAGAAAAAUCGUUAAAAGAAAAAUGGGAAGCCAUUACCGCUUUAGUUAUGUCGGAAAAUCAGAUCAGUAAUGCUGAGAAAUACAUUAGUUUGUUACGUUCCAAAUCAGAUGUCAGCGCCGAAAAUCAACAUGUACUUGAUUUCUUUAGCAAUAUUUUAUAUCUUGUCGAUGCUAAUCAAUUUAUUUCGGAACCUUUGAAUCACACCAAGGUUUCUGAAAGAGACUUCGCAUAUCAAAUUUGUCUCCCACUGUUGAAGAAGUUAUUUCACAUCAAUAAUGAUUCUGUUAGAAUAAAGGUCGGAGAAACUGUUCUGUCUGGCUCUACCUACUCGAAAGCUGAUCUAUACCCAAACCCAAAUUAUGAUACAGUGACUCACAAAAUCGGCCCAAUGUUUUGCACUUUUCCCUUUGGUGAUGUAUUACUCAUUAUUGGGACAAGCUACAUACACAAUUCAUUUAUCAUUAUAAUCGCUGAAAAGCACUCUAUGUACAUAUAGUCUAAAAUGGAAAUAUUAUUUAACACUCAGAAAGAAAUUAAAGUUUAAAAUCAUGAUGUACAUUGGGCCUGUUUUGUGAGUCACUGUACCUCAAUU